CGGUAAAGGAGGUAAGGAGUGGCCGGGUGUGGGGAGUAGUGUGUACGCGGACCGGUAACCCAAGGGAGGAAGCUCAGCCGGAGAGUGACAGAGCCUAGAGGAGCUGCACCUGAGCGAGCAAUAAAGCUGGGAUCGUUGAAGAUGUCCGACGGCGUCUUGGAAGUGGAGGAAAAGCCCCCGGCCCCGCCCAUGAGGAUCACGAGCACGUUUAUCGAGAGCAGCGCUAAAGACGAGGACGCGUUAAGCCAUGGCUCCAAACCCCUACCCCCCAACCCCGGAGAAAAGAAAAGCCUCUUCCAGUCCCUCUUCCCCCGCACCGCCGAUAAAGUUAUUAAAAAGUCUGCUAAGCUGGAAAUCUCGCUUCCCUCGGAUUUCGAGCACACGAUUCACGUUGGUUUCGACUCGGUCACCGGGGAGUUCACGGGUAUGCCGGAGCAGUGGGCCAGCUUACUGCAGACGUCCAACAUCACAAAAUCUGAGCAGAAGAAGAACCCGCAGGCCGUGCUGGACGUGCUGGAAUUCUACAAUUCCAAGAAAACCUCAAACAGCCAGAAAUACAUGAGCUUCACAGAUAACUCGCAGGACGUCUAUAACUCAACAGUGAACUCGAGAGUGAAGUCCGUGCUGGAAGUUCCCACGGUCCCUCCUGUGUCUGAAUACGAGGACGACGCUUCCCCUCCUCCUAUCAUCGCCCCCCGUCCAGAGCAUACGAAAUCGAUAUGCACCCGGUCUGUGAUUGAGCCGCUGCCGCCUCCGCCUGUUAAAGACGAGGUGACCGCGCCGGCCCCUGAGCCGUCAGAAAACGACUCGCCGCGCGUCCAAGCGCCGGCAAAGAGCGCCGAAAAGCUGAAGAAAAAGCCCAAGAUGACGGACGAGGAGAUCCUGGUGAAGCUGCGAAGUAUUGUAAGCAUAGGGGACCCGAAAAAGAAGUACACGCGGUUCGAAAAGAUCGGUCAGGGAGCGUCUGGGACGGUGUACAUUGCUGUGGAUGUAGCGACAGGCCAAGAGGUGGCCAUUAAACAGAUGAACCUCCAGCAGCAGCCGAAGAAAGAGCUAAUUAUUAACGAGAUCCUGGUGAUGAGGGAAAACAAGAAUCCCAACAUCGUCAAUUACCUGGACAGUUACCUGGUCGGGGACGAGCUGUGGGUGGUCAUGGAGUACCUGGCUGGCGGAUCUCUCACCGAUGUUGUCACGCAGACCUGCAUGGACGAAGGGCAGAUAGCAGCCGUGUGCCGAGAGUGUCUUCAGGCUUUGGAAUUUCUGCAUUUAAACCAAGUUAUCCAUCGAGAUAUCAAGAGCGACAACAUCCUGCUGGGAAUGGACGGCUCCGUGAAGCUUACGGACUUUGGGUUCUGCGCGCAGAUUACGCCGGAGGAGAGUAAGCGCAGUACCAUGGUGGGCACCCCUUACUGGAUGGCUCCCGAGGUGGUGACGCGGAAAGCUUACGGCCCGAAAGUAGACGUCUGGUCUCUGGGAAUCAUGGCCAUCGAAAUGGUGGAAGGAGAACCUCCGUACUUGAAUGAGAACCCUCUGCGGGCUCUUUAUCUGAUCGCUACAAACGGCACCCCGGAGCUCCAGAAGCCGGAGCGGCAGUCGCCCACGUUCAGAGAUUUCCUCAACCGCUGUCUCGAGAUGGAUGUGGAAAGGAGAGGCUCGGCCAAGGACCUCCUGCAGCACCCAUUCCUGAAGGUUGCCAAACCUCUCUCCAGCCUGACGCCGCUGAUAAUCGCAGCAAAGGAAGCCGUGAAGAACAACCCCUAAAAUGAGGAGCCAGUUUACCCCGGGGGACACUUUUUUUCCCCCUUUUUAAAAUAAUUGGAGUGAUUGAGCCCUCUGAGACCUCCCUCUUUGACCUCGUCUUCAGGCUGCUGGGCACCAGGGACCAGGAUCGCCAGUGCCAUCGAUGCUAGUGUUAGCCCUUUAGGAGUCGCAUGUUCGCUCCUCGUGGGAGGGGCUAAACUACAGACUUUUUACAAACACCCCUUAGGGGACAAAUAGAACAUUUUUGUGUUUUGAUUGAAUAUUUUUAAAUACUUUUGGAACCUUCGGCGUUCUGAAUAAAUGAAAACAAUUUGUUCUCGUGUC